AGACUGAAGUGAGAGGAUCACUUGAGCCCAGGAGUUCAGGAUUGCUUUCAGCUCUGAUUAGAUUUCUAUUAUCCAAACUUGGUAACAGACCAAGACCUUAUCUCCAAAAAAAAAAAUUACUUCAGGUGGUCAUGGUGCCUCUGCUUACACACUGCCAGUUACAGGGGCUCACUACUGCUGGAAACAGCCUUUUUCCAUUUCAAGCAAAUCAUCUUGAGCUGGUGUACAGAAUGCUUGGAGAUCUUUAUGAAGUAUAGAGGUAUAAAUAACCAUAUUUGUUACUGGCUUUGAAAGAGAAGGGAGAAGACAAAUUGCCAUUCAAAAACCUGCAUGACUUGUAUGUUAUAAUCACAAAGAAAUUCUUCUCGUUGUGUUAUUUGUUGGGUGUACCAAUUAUAAAUCAUUAAAGGGAGACUGAGAAAAGUCAACAGAAAUCUGCAAUCUGACAUAUGUGGAAAGGCAGUGACUGAGAACCAGUGGUUUUGGAAUCAGUCCUACCUGGCAUUGAUUCCUAUCACCAUUAGUAGCUUUGAGCAAUCCGCUUUACUGUCUGGUCUUCUAUUUCCUCAUCUGUGAAAUGAGGGUAAUAUUAAGGAUUAAAUCAGAUUAAAAUUGUAAAACAAAACACCAACACAGGGUCUGGCUCAAGAUGGUGUUAAAUAAAUAAUAGCCAGCAUUAUUAUUGUGUUAUUUUUAUUAUGAGAACCAAAGGGGUUCCUAUUUGACCGAUAAUGGAUGUUUCUUAAAGAAGAAAACUGUAUGAGGACUCUGAGUUUACUAUCAUAGUAGCCAAUUAAGUGAAAGGGUGUUAAUAGAAACAGCCCCCAGUCGUCACCUCCCCACAGUCGGGUUGUGUGGCCUAGUUUUUCUAUCUACUUUCACAGCCAUGAACCUCUUAUCUAACAUGCAGCCCUAGGAGUUUCUCACACCCUUACUGAAAGGGCUGACCAAUACCAAAUACUGAUCAUAUCUUUAUGUAAAUAAAACAUCAGCUAAUUUCUUAUUCUAAUCAAUAUUUUUUGGUCAGGUCAAUGUUGUGUUUCUAAAACAGCUCUCCUCCAAAAAAAAUUAUGAUUUGAAGCAUUUGGCAAUUUCCAUGGUGUAAAUCCUCCCAGCACGACGAAUUGUAAGCUCUCAAAGUCACUGAACACAGAGUUUGGAAGAGAUGUGCACAGUUGUUCAAGUUGUUGCCACUCCAUUACAUCACUGGGGCAUGCUAAGGCUUAUGUUUUGAUAGUGUAGAACAGGAUAAUUGACAACAGCAAAACCUACAAGCCAAUGCAAUAGAGGAAAAGUGGUUUGUCCUAGAGUGGAUCACUAUAAUACACUUGACAAACAUGAUUCAUCCAGAAAGUAAGUUAAUGCCAGAUUACUUGAGCAAAGUAUUUCAGUGCUGUCUUUCUGUCCUUAUUCUGUACUCUUCAGUUAUACUUAGAAGAUAAAUCUUUCCCUAGCCUCUUGGGUUAUAGGAAGGAAAGUCUCCCUAAUCACUUCUCAAUUGUUUGAAUGUUUCCUUAACUGAUAUAGAUAUUUGCUCGUGGACAUAAUCCCCAUGUUUAUGAAAAUAUCUUCCUUUUCUCCCUCCUCUUUCCCUUCUCCCCUCCCUCCCUUCUUCCUUCCUUCUUUAUAACCAUCCUUCUUCCUUCAGAAGUAUUUUUUUACCAUUUUUUGUAUUCCUAACAUCCCUACAAAAUCAUCAGAACAGGUAAUAGUACUUCUGCUUUGCAAAAAAAAAUGGUAGAGAAGCGAGAAAAUCAUUCUAAUUAUAUAAAUCUCUACCAUGUUAUUACUUUCAUUUUUAAUUUGUCAUUUUGUUAUUUUGAAAUCUUCAUUGUUAUUCAGACAUCUCUUACUUUUUCUUCCAUGAGUGGAGUGGUAUACUUUCAACCUCUGACUACUUUUCUUUUGUGUUAUAAAUUUAAUUUUAUUCUCUCCCUCACAGUUUUUGAAAACUGUUUUAUACUUUAUCUAAGAAGUUGUAUUACAGUAUUGUAAAUACAUUUCUGAGAACUUUUAAUUAAGUGAUGAUACCUAGCACUUUCUCAUCAUAGUUAAGUCCCUGGAGAUGAUAAAACAGAAUCCUUUUGGGAAGUGGUUCUGUUCUCAACAUCUCAUCACUGGAGCAAGCAGAAUUCUGUUACAGACUUUGAACUGUUAGGUUGAUAUCAGUGGAUGAUUAUUGUCAACACAGUGGAUUUAUUUUAAAAUCCAGGUUUUCUCACUAAAGACCUCUGAAAAUUUUUCCAAAAGCCUAAUGACAAACAAAAGAGAAAAAGGCAUUUGAGAUAACCAAUUCGGCAUCUGCCAUGAAGCCCUCUGCAGACAUGCUUGAGAUCAUCGCUUGUACCAUCCUAAUCUUUGUGAGCAUCGUUGGAAACACUUGUCUGUUUUAUUCUACAAGAAGAUGUAUCACUGGGCAUUUACAGACAUCCUUUCUUCUAGUUUUGAAUCUUAUAUUUGUCAACCUUAUUAAAAACUUGGUGGUAAAUGUAAUGAAAAUUGUUUACUCUUCUGGUAUCAUGUUGGAUUCAGCUGGCUGCAAAGUUCUGCUCUUCACAUCGGCCCUAACAACUUCACUGACCAUCUGGUUCGUGUUAUAUUUUUCAUUGCUUUACCACUGGAAGCUUUACCAAAUUGUGCACCCCUUGAGUGAGAAUCCAAGCCUGGACCAACAGAAGCAUUCCUUGAAGGUGGUUUCUGUACUUUGGGUGGCUGGUGUGGUGGUAUACAUCCCAGUUUUAAUUCAUACGAGAAAACGAGAAUUCUUGAAUGCGGGAAAUGAUACACAUCCUUUGUCUACUAACAGGAUGUACAUGGAUUGCCCAGUUGUCUUUCAAAAUAAGCAGGUAGAGUUUUUCUAUGGGAAAAUUGUUUUGGUUCUGAUUGAUAUUCUUCCUUUAGCUACUUUAGUCUUUGUCUGUUUCUGGAUGUCUUUCCUCCUUUCGGAGAGAAAGAAGAUGACAUAUGGUGACAUCUGGAUUGGAGAUGAUGAUUCAGAAAUUGAAAGCCUUAGAGGGGCCAAGUUCAGUAUUUUAUUAAUGUUGCUGAUCACUCCACUUUGGAUUUCUCACUUUAUCUUAGUCUGUUUCUUGAAAGACUUGGCAGCAUGCAUCUUUAUUCCAGCUGUUCUCACAGCCCUCUCUUCAAGCUUCUCUGCUAUCAGUCCUUUCUUGCUUAUGUUGGUUAAUUACAAAAUGAAGUUGGUGUGCUUCUGCGGUGCCAAAGAGGAAAAACCCACACCACAGCCUACAAAUGUUAUUGUUUCUCCAUAUGCUUAAUGGCAAAAAAUUCAAGUUUAAUUGUUGGAAAACAGACCCUGUCAUUGGAGAGUACAGCUAAAGUUUUCAUAGCUCUUAUCAACAGUUUCUGAAAGGACCUCUAGAAAAUUGACUCUUCUUCGAAAAUAGACUUCAGAGAAAACUGUUCAAGAAAAUAUAUGAACAUUAAGCUAUUGUAAGUUGAAAAAAACAGUCAUCACAACAUUAGUUAUUUAGGACAAUACCAAGAGUUCUAAUAUAAAAAUUCUAAAGUAACUCAACAGUUUUCAGUCUGAAAAUGAACUCAUGUAAACGAUAUAUUAUUUAUUCUGUGCAAGAUAUUGUGUUAAAAAAAAACAACAUAUUGAUGAAACUGAAGAUAAUAAUUCCUGGCUGAAUUUUAAAGGUACACAUAAAUAAUCUUAUGUUUUUCUUGAAAUGCUUUCACACAUAUUAGAAGUGUAUUAUGUAGGUGUACGGUGUUCAGUUUUUGCACUUUUAAUAAUAGUACCUCACCUAUGAUGGAAGCAGAUUUUGUUCAUUGUCUUUACCCCAAGUGUCUUUAGUAAGUUAGGACUAGAUGAACGCAUUGGAUUAAGGAAUUAGUACUUGCUAAGUCAUACUCUUUAUGUCUGUGUAGAUGUGCAAAUAUUUGGUUGUUCAGACAUUUAACUCACUAUUCUUGCUUAAUCAUCUAAAUAUAUGUUAAACUGUACUGUUUUUCUUCAGAAAAAAUGACAUUUAUUUUAUAGGAAAUUUGUCUCCUUUAGGUUAUCAAAUUGGCACAUUUACAGACUGGAAGAAUUUAUAAAACCUUCAUAAUAAUUUGAUCUCUGGAUUUUGAUUCAAUAAAAAUAAGCACAUUAUAAUCUCACUAAAAAUAUAUGGCUGGGUUUUUCUUUUUCCCAGUUAGCUGGUUUUGCUCUUUGGACUGCUUCCAAUACAGUGAGUAAUUAUUUUCAAUAUCUUCACAUACAUUUGUGUAAGCAUUGAUUUUUAAGCGAAUUCUUAUUAGAUUUUUGCUUUUUUUUUUUUUUUUCAUUUUUCUUCUGUGCUAAUAGACCUGGGAUUUAUUAUACUGUUGGUCUAGUGAAUGGAUGUCCCCAAAUUGAGAUCCCAGUUUUAGAAGGCUGCAUUGAAAACUAUAAAACUAGACAUCAAUUAACAGAAGACACUAAGAACAUCUUGUAGCCAUGAAGUGUUAUAGAGAAAGGAAAUUUUAAAGUAACCAAGGCCCAAAUUGUUUAGAGUUGUGUGUGCCAAUGUCUGUCUUUUGUAUAGCAUAGCAAAUUAAAAAAAAAAAAAAAAAGACUUAAGACCCUCUGAGAUUGCUGGGUGGUCUUCAUGGGAAAUGCUUAGUUGAGUCCACUGAGGCAGUUUAAUCAAAAGGGCACUAGGCAUGAAUCCUGUAUAAUGAAGUUAACAUCUGGAGAGAUGGGGCAUGUGGGGAAGAGGUCACCAUGUUUUAAUUAAGUGCAGAUGUAGCCAAAGCUGAGAUUAGCCAUUAAGCUUAGGUAGUGGUUCUAAAAUGUGAUUCUGGGACCAACAGAAUCAGCAUCACCUGGGAACUUAUUACAAAUGCAAAUUGUUAGGCACCACCUCGACCUACUGAAUCAGAAAGUCUGGGAUUUGGACCCAGCAGUCUGUUUUAAUAAGCCAUCUGGGUGACUCUUAUGUACUCUAAAGUUUGAGAAUAACUCAUCUAGGAUUGCUUCAAAGUUUAAUCCUCAUGACAAUGAGAAUGAAGCCAAGACAACUGACUGAAGAUGUAGUCUUCAAUGAUCCCAUACAUGCUGCUGUUGUGUCUGCUUCUCUCUAAAAUGGCAAUCAGGAUUGUGAUCUGUGUUCCCUAUAUAUACUCAAUAAUAAUUUCCAAACACAUCCACUGUAGAAAUUAAGUAAUCUUUGCAAAAUCAAAAAUAAAGCAUAACCAUUUCAGGUGUGCCAAAAAUUUGGAACUUGGAUUUGGAUAGUUUCCUGUACAUAACUGAGUAAGGGAUCCAGUUCCCAGAUUAUUCCAUAGUUCCUUUCCAGAAGCCAGUGCAAGACAUGGUUGGUUGGCUUAAGCCCAUGCUUAACUUCCCAGUGCUAGAAAUGUUUUAUUUUUCUUCCCAGAUAUUUUCUUCUUAUUUGGACCUCAUUAGGUCAUAGUUUUAUCCUUGUUAAAAACACAAUAAACAAUUGUAGAAUUGGUAAGUUUUCAUUUACAACAGAGAAUAAAUCCUAUGUUCACUGAAUGAACAAUAUUACAGUUUUCUUUUGAGUUGGGGGGCUAUCUAUUCUUUGUUCACAAUGCAGGAUUCUGAUCUUCUCUCAGAGGACUUCUAUUUGAACAAUUUCUUGCUGGGGUGGGUGUGAUUUCAGAAAGCAGCCCAUUCCAUUAAAGCCCAUUUGAAAUACUAUAAUUGCAGAGUCUUUGCUGAGACUGACAUCCCUGACAUUUCCUCCAAGAUUUACCCUUGAAGUUAAACCCUCCUUUUACCUGCUGGAUCUUUAGAUUCUCAGAGAGGAGAGCUUUUUUUCUCUUCACCAAGUUAGAUAUUUCCUUAACUGUUUUGCAUAAGGCAGUUUCCCAACCACUGGCUCUCUUGGCUUCCCUACUCUGUCUUGGCAUGUUCCAGAUAACCUGUGGCUUUUUAAAGAAGCGGCACCCAGAACUGAACACAACAUAUUUUUUUCUUUGUGUAUGUGUAUGCGUAUGCAUGCGUGUUUGCAUGUAUUUUUUUUCUAUUAGACAUUAUUUUAUAUUCUCUUGCACAGCUCCUGUGAGCAUGGAUUCUUUCAUUCUUCCAAAAAGAAUUUUAAAUGUUCAACUCAUUUUAAAUCAUAUGCACAGAUAGGGGCAGGGAGAAGACAGAGAGAGAAAGAGAGGUAGAUAUCAGAUUUAAAAGUAGAUAAAUAUGUGUAUCUACCCUAGGCUUAAAAACUAAGGUCUCUCCAAACUCUCAAGUUCAGGUAUACGUUAGUUUAUUCUCAGUAUUUGGGUUUCAGAAACCAUGAAAUGACCCCCAAAUCACUUGCAAUAAUUUUAAUGUAUAAAUUAAAGGGCAAAACUACAAAAAGACCAACACUUAUAGGGAUUUUUCAGAGAAAUCCUGAUCUCUAGAAUCAAGUUUCUAAAGUAGUGCCAACUUCCUUGCCUUUUUAAUAAGACAUUAAAAAGGAUGGUCAUAAUCUAAUUUUCAUUGAAGAAGAAGUUGAAGAUUUAAACCAACUAGCUAUGGAAUAUGUUGUGUUAUAGACUAGUUGAGGGAUGCCUGUGGGUAAGGUAUGUUAGAUACACAAAGAUCUAUAUACUUUUUGUUAAUGAUGUUGAUGAUCUCUGCCAUUUCUGUUUAAACUCUACUGGAAAGAAGAGUAAUUCAUCUGGAGUUAGGUUCAUGAACAUUCAAGCAAUACAAUUCAGGGCUAAGGAUGCCUGUGGGAUUCUGACCUAGAUGGUUCAAAGACAUACCCUUGAUUCAGAGCAGUCCAGGGCAAGUCAGAAGAGCGCUAGACUGGUUAGCAGGAAAUGAUUUGCAUUAGCUGGCUUUGCCUCUACUUAGUAGUGCAGAACCUUGGAUGGACUAUUUCUGAAGACCUACACAACUCUCCAGGGUAUAUGGUACAAGGGGAGACAAGAAGAUACGCUAUUACAAUAUCAUGUGGUGCUGGCCAAGACAAAUAAAUACACAGCAGGCUGAGGCACCCAAUCUACAUGGACCCUGGAGCUAAGGGAAGUCAGCAGUAGUAGUGCAGAACCUUGGAUGGACUAUUUCUGAGGUUUACCAUCUGUAAAAUAUAAAAGAUAUGAUUGCAAAUUACAAAUUAUGAUGCAUGCCCUCUGCCUCCAUCACAGGCUGCAAUAAAUAAAUUCAGCUAAAAAAUAUUGAAGGUGAUUUUUGAAAAUAAAAUGUUUGACGCAGAGGCAGUGUUGCUUUACCAUUGUAGUUUUGGCAAGUUGAAGUAGGAGAGAAAAAUACCAGACUUAAAAUCAGAAGCGCUGGCUGUGUGAAUCUGAGGCAAUUACAGAACCUCUGUGAGCUUUGGUUGCCUUAUCUCCACAAAGGAAACUAUAAAGAUGUUUGUCUCCCAGCAGCUGUGUGAGAAAAAGUAAGCAAGUGUAUGUAAUAGCACCCAGUCCUAAAUCUUGAUACAGUUUUCUUCACAAAUUUUUUUGUGAAUGUUUCCUUCAGAACAGUGAUGGAGAAAUGCAGGCUCUCCUCUAGGAAAUAGAGCAGGCUCAAUAUAUUACAUUAGUCCCUUGUUUGAUAUCAAACAUUCUCUUGUAUUUUUACAAACAUGCCAGAAAUUUGAUAUUUCAAGAUGUGCUCUGUGCACACUCUGGCUUUGGAAUUAUUUCCAUGACAAUCCCUAUUUAUCACCCCACUUCACCCUCACCCUUCAAGACCCCUUUGUAGAAGCAAAAAUACAGCAAGUGAUGCUAAAUCAAUGUUAUGCAUCUUUCUGGACAUUCUGCUCCAUAAUUCUCACUUCUAGGCCUAUUCCCAUACUAAAAGCACAGACAACUGGAGCACUUCCUCCUGCCCCAAAACUCCCUCCCCAUUUACACCUUCAUCCUUCGGCUUUCAGCUUUGCCAUGCUGACUUCCCUUCUCUCCAGGGCCCAUCUAGAUUGGGUGCCUCAGCCUGCUGUGUAUUUAUUUGUCUUGGCCAGCACCACAUGAUAUUGUAAUAGCAUGCCUUCUUGUUUGUCUCCCCUGGUACCAUAUACCCCAGGAGAGUAGUAUAGGUCUUAUCCAGCACAUGCAUCCAGAAUAUUCCACAAAUGAAGAAGUGAAUAAAGUCCACAGGGCUUGUGCUUUUUCUUUGUUCGUGUGUAUUUCUUGGCUCUCCUUCAGUUGCCUCUUCCCAGUAGAAAUUUCUUGCCUCUAUCAUUUUUCUGCUUCAAGAUGAGGCAUUUACUGACUGCCAUGCUUCUGGCCACUGUUGAAUCAAGGAGUGAAAGAAACCUAAUCCAACAUUUGGAAUGAGUUGCUUCCUUGCCAGCCAAGCUACAGAGCCAACUGGGGACAACGUUUCUACCCAGACCUUUCAGUACUUUGUGAUUAUUUUGAGUUUUUAUAUUGAAGAAAGUAAGCACAAUAUCAGUGUAUCAGUGCCCAGGCUUUCAAAUUGAAAAUUUUUCCCAGUACAAAUUUGGCAGGCGUGUGUGUGUGUGUGUGUGUGUGUGUGUGUGUGUGUGUAGGGGUGCAGGGAACGGCUGUGUUUUCCCAAGUGCUGAUAGAUUAAAGAGAAAAGAAAUAAGUUGUAAUGCAAACCCAUUGAAGUUACCUCAUCACCGAAUGUACUAUGCUCAUUUAUUUUGACAAGUCCAACUUAUUUUUAAUUAGCAGGCCUCCUAGUAUACUGGUAAAUGGAGCAAUAGUGACUUUGGCAGAAAGGGAGAAAUCUGUGUAACAUGAGCCUUCAGAAUGAGUUCAAGCUGACUCCUUGUAAAAUGGAGUGAGGCAAUACAUUUUUAAAAAUUUUUCAGUAGAGCAAUUUAUGUGAUAUGUGACUGUAGUCACAAAUCAAUGGGCCUUUUAUGAGCCAAGCACACCCGAAUGUGUACCCUAAAAUGAGUGUAGUUUCUCAAGGAAAUUUUGUUGGCCACUAUAAGCUUUUUCCAGUGAUGCUGCCAUUAUGUAACAGAUUUUUGGAAGUCUUCAUUUGGAAUUAUUUUCAAAGUCAGUUUUCGAGUCACGACAAAAAAAUUAAAAAUAUCACCUGAGACUCAUAAUACUGGGGUGGCAAGGAGGCUAUUUUUUAAAUUACUUGUCUAUUUUUGUAUUAUGCAAUUUGGUUCUCAGUUACUUUGAGCUCUCUCCGAAAAGGAAACUUCCAUGGAAGGAAGCAGUUGGGCCAUCACUGAGGUCACUCAUGAGAAGGUGACAUGGUGUUGAUAGACCCAUUAUGGGCAUAAGCCCCUCACACACACUUUAAUAGGCACUAGAGGGACUUCUGUUCUUGGCAGUUUAUCAAAAGUCUGUGAGAGAAGGAAAAGUCCUACAAAUAUUGUGUAUAGUUGAUGCUGUUUGUUUUGUUCUUUAUCUCUUAAAGCUGGGCAUCAGUUUGGAAUUUGAGUAAGGUUUCUCCCAGUGCCAUGGGCACAUCCAAAGAAGAGAGCCAAGCUGUCAUCAGCAGCUUCUGCACAGCAUAUAGUUCUCAGCAGCCUGGCCCUGUGUCCCCCCAUUCUAAUCUGUUUCUUCUUUCCCUCUCUAUCAAUUUUCCUAACCAAAUUGGGAGAGCUAAACCAUUGAAAAAUGCUUCCUUCACCUUUCUCUAUUCACCCUCCCUUGCAUCUCACCUCUCCCCACUUCAAAAAAACAGUGUAAACACAUAACACACCUGCCUAGAUAAAUAACAAAUUAAAAAUUGUUUAAAAGAAAUAAGAUGAUUUUAAUCAGUGGACAAUACUUAUGGUGGAUAGAUCUUGAAAGAGGUGUGCUUUGAGAAGAGGGGCUUACAUGCAGAAGAAAACCCCCGGGAGACCUUAGAAAACCUGGGAACAAGUGAUUGUAGCUUGUAGAGUCAAGGUGGAUGGCACAGGGGAGAAGUUCAGAUUCACAAAUGACUGAGUCUUGAGAUCUAAAAGGGGCCUAAUGCCAACCAUAAGCAUAGUUAUAAAAAUCCUACAUAAAGGAUUUUAAGCUGGCCUGUCCUUUCUGGAAAGCCUAAAAAAUAUAUUUUGCUUAGGUAUAAACCCACUCUUGUUGGUCUGAGUUGGGUUUGCUCUCUUGCCUCCAAGAUGCUGGUCUGGGCUAGACAGAGGAUGGCUUCAGGACUUUUUCUGGGUUUGCGCUUGGCACAGCUUCACCCCUUCCUUUGGAGUCACAGCAGAGAAGUGUCACCAUGUAAAUCCACACUAAUCACAACAAAGAAGAACCCUUCCUUCCUCCAGUUGUAAAGUGAAGGAAACAUAAUCCCCACCUCGUAACAUUUUAUGUUUGUGAAGGUUUUUUUUCCUGGUACUAAGAGAUAAAGUGGACAUUCCGUGAAAGCACAAAUGGUGAUGUGCCAGUAGUUUAUUUGUAAGAAAUUUUAUUUUGUUACUGUUGUGUUAUGAGAAUUUAAAACAAAUUUUAGAAUACAAAUGAAGUCAACAUUUUUGGCAGGAGGCACCAAUACAAAAUUGGGGGUCAUGGUGGUGCUUAUUGUUCAAUGCCGAAUUCCUUUGAAGGGCCAAACACUCAAAUGUCCCCACGGUAUGUUGAUGAGUAGAGUCCCCUCGGAGGGGCUCCAGGGAACUGGGGAGCACAGGCCCCAGGGACAGGUAGGAGCAGCUGCGGCUCAGCUCUAGGCGGUUGUUUGUUGCCAUGGGGACUGCAGACCCCUGUUGCCAGAGCUUCAGGUAUUUAAAACAAAGCCAGAAAUCCAGAAUUUUAUGUGAAAUCACCCAAGGUCUGCAAGUUGGCAACUGAUUCAAUUUUUUUUUUUUUUAACACUGCUGGGGUCAAACAAAUCACAUCUGUUGGCCAGAUUCAGCUCACAGGGCUCCAACGCAUGCCCUCUGUAGCUGUGCUUUCUGUUAAAGCACACUUGUCAUGGGUCUGAAAGGAGGCUUACUGGUUUCCAUAGUGGACUGGUGUGUGGAAUGGGAGGUGUCAGAAGAGCAGGGUGAGAAAAGCGACCACAGUUCACCUCAGUGUCCUUAUCAUGUUUGAUUAUUUGUAGCAGCUACUCUAACCUGACCUUAUUGACUCCCAUCUUGUCCCUGAUUUCUUAGAAGAGAGUGCCUGAGAGUGUCAGGGGCUUGGUGGAAGGGCAGAUGAAAGAACAGGAGGCAUUGUAUUGGCCCCUGGGACAACUGCAGACUCACUCUUACCUGUAAAGAAGCAGUUAAUGUUGGGCAUAUAGCCAGGAUUCAAAAACCACAGGGAUUUCUGCACAUUAUAAUUGAGAAUGUAAAUACUCUCAAAGUGGCACCCUGAAAAAGACAAGCAUUGAAACCAGACAAAAGAAAUUGGGUCGUAAACAGAAUGAGACAUCUUAAAGGAGAUAGUAUAUGGAGGCCUGCUGGGAAAUAGAGGCAAACUCCAAAUGCCUAGGAGGCGUAGUCUAAGGUGGGAUCAUCCAACCUACAGAAAUAAACAUGAGCAGUGUCUCAAGACUUCCUAUAAUGAGCUGUCCCUGUUGUAAGUCUUGUGUUCUUGCCUAUAGAAUCAAGAACCUCACUACCAUCCUGCAAGUGCAAAUAGAAAGAUUUCUGCUUUAAUGUUACGAGUUAUUAUCUGCUGGUUAUGUUCUAUUGGAAUGGCUACACUCAACUGGAUACUGCUCUCUAUAUUGUCGGAGCAUCUCAAACAGAGGUGCAGUGGUUAUUUGUUAAUUUGCUUAAUUAAGACAUAUUCACCUACGUUUUAUAGUUUCAUUUAUUUAAAGUUCCGUUUGGCUCCCAGCUCCAGUGCAUGUUUUUCUGCUUCAUCUUCCCCUAUUUCCAUGUUCCUGCUGAUGCUGUGUUUGUACCAUAUCCUGACACCCAGAAUGAUCUUUGUGUUGUUCACCAAGGCCAUGGGAACAGAGUCUGUAAAUCAAUAGUUCAUCACGGAGCACACAUUUAGUGAAAAGAAAUUGGUUUGGUAGAAAGUCUCCUAGUGAACACGCUAGAAUCCAAAGAGUCUGGAUUGUCUCAGAAUCCAUCAUAAUGGAAGAGAAAGUUGUUUUGAGUAAUUUUUUAGCAGAGUACGUAUAUUUUCCUCUGAAAAGCUUUGUGAAUUAGAAGAUUAGUGAUGUUUUUAUACCAAGCAAUUUGCUUGAUAACCUAUUUUUAAAUUUCUACAAAUAAUACAAUUUCUGAUAUUAAAUUUUUUUUUACAAAUAGUAUUCUUUUUAUUGUAUGCCUUACUGUGAUUUCAGAAGAAUUUUUAACAUUUGCUAAAUGGAUAAUUUCAUUUAAACAUGGAAGUAACAUCUUAAUCCUUCCUUGGAUAGACUCUGUAUCUACUGUAAUUAAGACUGUAAAAAUGUUAUAUACAUACAGGGAAAAAAAGGAGUGGAAAUAGGAAAAUUAAACAAGGUCAUGGGUUUGAGGUAAGGGAUGGCAAGUUUUUUUUUCUGUUUAUCAUAAUUAUAUCGUUUGUAGAGCUUAAAAAAAAAGAAUGGCUCAAAAUGCGG